AUGUCAGAAAAUAAUAGGUUAUCAGGAAAAUAUAAUAUAAAACGAUUUAUCAAGAAGAUUGAAAGAGAAACAAAUGAUGUAGAAGAUAUUGAGAAAAAUGUCUUAGUUAAGCGGUAUAAUAUUUGUAAAGAAAAAGUGAUAAAAAAAAUACCAAAUGACAUAUUAGAAGAUCCUAUAAUCAAUGAUUCUAUAAAUUUGUUGCCUUCAAAUUAUAAUUUUGAAAUACAUAAAACCGUAUGGUAUAUACGGAGAAAUGGAUCAAAAAAGGUUGGAUUACAAAUGCCAGAAGGUCUUUUAGUUUUUGCAUGUACAAUAUCAGAUAUAUUAGAAAGAGUUUGUAUGGUUGACGUGUUUAUCAUGGGAGAUGUAACUUAUGGCGCAUGUUGCAUUGACGAUUUUACAGCUAAAGCACUUGAUUGUGAUUUACUGAUCCAUUACGGUCAUUCUUGCUUAAUUCCUGUCGAUUCCGUAUCCAUAAAAACAUUAUACAUAUUUGUUAGUAUUGAGAUUAACAAAAAUCAUGUAGUCGAAACAAUCAAAAUGAAUAUACCAAACGAUACACACAUAGCGUUAGUCGGAACAAUACAAUUUGUGCCAAGUAUACAUAGUAUUCGGCCACUUUUAGAAAAUAAAUCAAACUACAAGAUUACUAUUCCCCAGUCUAAACCUUUAUCCCCGGGAGAAAUUUUAGGAUGUACAGCACCAGUUCUUCAUAACGAUAUAGAUGCAAUUAUUUAUAUCGGAGAUGGAAGAUUUCACUUAGAAUCAAUUAUGAUUGCAAAUCCUUUACUUCCUGCCUAUAAAUAUGAUCCUUAUUCAGGUAAAUUCACAAGAGAAUAUUAUCAACAUAAAGAUAUGAAAGAUCAUCGUAAAAAAGCAAUUGAAAAAGCCAUCAAAGCAAAAAAAUGGGGACUUAUCAUUGGAACUUUAGGAAGGCAAGGAAGCCCUAAAGUUAUGGAAAACUUAGAAACACAGCUCAAAGAGAAAAAAAUAGAAUAUAUAAAAGUAUUGCUUUCUGAAAUCUUUCCUUCAAAAUUAUCUUUAUUUCAUGAUAUUGAAGCAUGGAUACAAAUUGCAUGCCCAAGACUAUCCAUUGACUGGGGUUAUUCAUUUCCUACUCCACUCUUAUCACCUUAUGAAGCAUCUGUAGCACUUAAUAGUAUUGAAUGGAAAAAUCCAUAUCCAAUGGAUUUUUAUGCAAAUCAGAGUUUAGGUCCAUGGACACCAAUUCAUAGACAAGAUCAGCAACAUAUUUUACCUAAAAUUCAAACAAAUUAA